GAUGUCGGUGAAGGCACCGGUGGGAUCUACGCUGGUGGACGUGGCCAAGGAACACGGGGUGGACAUUCAUGCUGCGUGUGGGCAGAAACUCCAGUGUGCCACGUGCCACGUGAUCUUGGAGAAGCCCUACUUCGAACGUCUGCAAAGCCCAGGCGUCCGCGAGGAAGAUUUGUUGGACUCCACCUUCACGUUGACGGAUACCUCCAGAUUGGGAUGCCAGGUGCGCUUGACCAAAGAUCUGGAUGGCAUCCAGUGCACCUUGCCAGACAGCAGCGCCAAGGGCAACGUACGGAUGACGUUGGAGAUGCCACGACCCAAAGUCCAAAUGCAGCUUCCGGUCGCUCCGGCUGUAGCACCUUCCGUGAAACGAGGCGGAGCAGCGCAGCCCAAUGUUGAAGAGCUUCUGGAACGGCAGCAAGCAUUGUCUGCGAGGUUGGAGGCGCAUCUUCGAGAAGUCCGGGCCAAAGCUGCCAGGAAAGUGGGUGUGACCAACGCGUCGGACAACGCCGGCCAAUCUGCGGAAGAAGAGAAGGAAGACUUGUCCAAACUGAAGGC